CCCCGUCUGACCCUUUACGUCACUUGACCCAAAAUGGCCGCGCUCUCCGGGCUUUCACUUGUUUUUCCCGGGAUAGAAAACUGAAUUUAAAACGCGAGGAAAGGUAGUUUUUUUAUUUGAGACAUUUAAAACUGUGGUUACGUUUGUUCGAAGCAAUACUUUUAUCUAGCCAUGGGGUUCGAACGAAUUUUGAGCGGAGUUUUCAAAUUUCCACCGUGUCGAAAUGUGUGGAUGUCCGCUUCAAUUGGUAGCGGUGGUUCCGCUCCACUCACUAUAUCUGGAUUACACAGCGGGAAACUUUUCAACACAGGCCGACAACUGCAAGCUCGUCGCAGCCUUUCCACCUCCGCCCAACCAUCCAAAGAUGUCACCUUGUUCGAGCACGACAGAACCCGCUUCUUCCGGCUUCUCGCUGUCUUCUGUGGCGGACAGUUUGUCUUCUGGACCUAUCUGGCUCAGUUCGCUUUUACUGGACUAAGAGACACGGGGGGAGAAAAGGCGAAGCAAAACACCAAACUGGCCACUACGACGGGUCUAGCCGGCAUGUGGAGCUUUGAAAUGAACUUGGGUUCGAACGCCUGGAGGUACGGCUUCACCCUGGGAUGCCUGACGAUAGGAGGAGGGAUCGUCGGCCUCGGGGCUCUGUUCUGCCGGCGCUCUGUUUUUAAGGUGAUUCUACACGAAGGUGGAAAGAUGGUGACAGUUUGGACGCAGUCGCCUUUGGGCCCAGGCCAAGGCAGGAGGAUUACUGUGCCACUGUCCCAGGUGGCCUGUCACGCCCACAGACAGGAGUCCACAUCCUUCAUUCCCCUGAGAGUCAAGGGACACAAAUUCUACUUUCUGCUGGAUAAAGAGGGGGCAAUGAAGAACGCCAGGCUGUUUGACGUCACUGUGGGCGCAUACAGGCCAAUUUAAAAGAGGGUGCCAGACAAGCUGCUUUUUUUUGAGUCAUUGUGUUUGGUUUUUAAUUAAAGUAAAACAUGACCCAAUGUUUUCAAAUUUCUCUUUUUUAUGAUAAUAAAAAAAUAUGCUAAAUGGUAACAUCAAUACUAAUGUCUACUGUAAAUGUAAAAAAGGUAAUUUAUACUCAUACAUACAGUGAUCUGCUCCAUGAGGAUAGCAUUGGUGGCCUCAGUUUCGUGCAGCAGGCUGUUCAUGUGCUCCAUGCUGCGCGUGGCUGUGUUCAGCUUUUCAGAUAGCUCCUCUUUGGUUGGCUCCACUGUCCACACAAAUGGUUCUAGAUGGUCCAAUCAAGGUGACAUGAGAUUUAAUAAAAUA